AUGGGGCAAAGCUUAGCUCUGGAGGUGGCCCAGGAGGAGGCUGGCUGCCCAGCUGAGGCCCACAUUCUGCAGCUGCAGCUUUUAAACUGCAGGUAUGAUCAGAAGCUUGUUGAAGAAUCAGGCAAAAAGCUGAAGAAACUCCCAAUGUACUCUGGUCCAGACAUGGGUGGCCUCAGACUCAUCUUACCACUGGAGCUGCUGCUUUCUUGCUGCCUCCUGCUGCACCCUGUGGAUGCCAUGUUCUCUGCAAACCAGACAGAUACCCUGAUGCACCUUCCCUCAUCCUUGGAAUCCUGGCCACCCUCCUCAGGUCCCUUGCCCUGCCAGACGCUGCUCCCAAAGUCCCUGCCUGGCUUUGCCCAAAUGGCCCCUCUACCCCAGUUUCUGGUAGGCCUGUCACUGAUGAUUGCCCUGAAGGAAGCUGGCUGCCGUGCUGAUGCACAGGCCCUGCAGCUCCAGCUCCACCGCCAGGGGGGUAUCCGUGCUACCCAGAUCCUCACCCGACAUCUUCAACGGCUGGAGAAAGGCAGAGACACAGAGAGGGGAGUGUCAGUGGAUGCCCUGGCCUCUGCUCUGCAGCUGUUGACCAGGGAACAGCUGGGCCCAGAAAGGGCCCGACGCUCCCUCAGCCAGGACUGCGACUUUGAACAGGAGCAGGAGGUGUACGAUAUAGUCCGUUGGGUGCCAACCGUGGGAACCUACUACAACCUGGGCACAGCUUUGUUUUAUGCCACUCAUGACUGUUUGGACAAGGCCAAGGAACGAGGCCAAGAUGGGAUCAUAGACCUGGGUUAUGACCUUUUAACGACCAUGGCUGGACUGACGGCGGGGCCUAUGGGACUAGUGUUCAGCGCUGCACUUAAACCUGUAGUGAAGGCUGGGGUUCAACGGUUGACCCAGAAUUACCAUGUGUAAGAGGCAGCCCAGCCUAUGUGGGUCUUUGGUUGAUCAGCGACCUAUGAACCACGAGAUUGCCGUUCGAUUCUGGCCAGGGCAUGUG